GCGCCACAGUCUUGGAAUUAAGAUCGGGACCGUUAUUCAAAGUCAGACUGCGAGUGACACUAAACGGACCCUUAUGCGUACAGGAACGACAGUUUGCUGAUGGGCGGUCGGAAUUCAUGACAAAUAAAAUUUCACUUUUUUUGUGAAUUACGCCGGGAUUAAAACUAUGGACAACAGCAGCUUUGAGGAAUCGUAAUUUGGUUGCGCUCAAAACCAUAGGAGUAACAGCUUAAUAGCCUACGGCUUGUCACAUCUUUUACUUUAGAAAGCGAGUGACAUUUCUGCGCAUCUGGAAUUUGCUGCCGCCAGAUGCGUAAAGUUUAUUAAAAAAAAAAAAAGCAUCAUAUUUCAAGAUGCAAUCUGAGUGUUAAAAUAUCCAUACUUUUAUUUUGAGACUUCGAGGAAAGAAAAUGCAUCAUGGGAAUGUGACAUGAAGGAUUUCUUUCCUAUCAUAUCUUAAUACAAGUGACAGUUUUUGAUGAUCUAUCCAUUCAUAAGACGCACGCAAUUGUCAAAUCAUCCAAAGCGAUAGGAGCAACAAACUUUUUGGCACCAUCUAAACUUUAUUAUUUGCCGCAUUUUGCACUGAUAUUUCAUGUUAUUAUCACCCCCAAAAGCGUGUGCUCAGAUGUCAUGGCCUGACCUGGGGCCACACAUUUGAUUGUGUGGGGGACAAUGUCGGGACCCUGCGUCCGCGUCCCGUUUUGGGUUCGUCUGUGUCUCCUGCUGCUCCUUCACAGCAGCACAUCGGAGUGCAGAGUCACCGAGGGCUGUCCGGAGCUCCUCUCCAGCGGCUGCAGCUGCACGGAGGACCGCGCUAAAGCUCACGCUGCCCCCGGGGCGCGGAGGAAAGUGAGCUGCGGUGGGAAGGAGCUGACAGAAACUCCCGAAGUCAGUCUGCUCCCUAAUCGGACCGUUUCUCUGAAUCUGAGCAACAAUCGUAUCCGGUUCCUGAAGAAUGGCUCCUUCACUGGCUUGCCCUUCCUUGAGAAAUUGGAUCUCAGGAAUAACUUAAUCAGCACAAUCAUGCCUGGAGCCUUUCUAGGUCUCACAGCUCUUCGAAAACUUGACCUAUCCAGUAACCGAAUUGGCUGCCUGACUCCAGAAAUGUUCCAGGGACUUACCAACCUCACUAAACUAAACAUCUCUGGAAACAUAUUUUCCUCUCUGGACCCAAAUAUCUUUCUGGAGUUGCACUCUCUAAAGCUGGUGAACUUUCAUUCAGAGUUCCUGUCAUGUGACUGCGGUCUUCAAUGGGUCCCAGGUUUUUUUCGCAGCAGUUCCGCCCGGCUUGGGGAUGAAACACUCUGUGCGUACCCCACAAGACUUCAAAACAAACCCCUUCAUCUCUUAAGAAAGAGUGACCUCAACUGUGAGGGUCCAUUGGAACUGCACACCUUGUCUCUGCUACCCUCGCUACGACAGGUUGUGUUUAAGGGGGACAGACUGCCUUUCCAUUGCACUGCUUCCUUAGUUGACAAAAUCACUGCCCUUCAUUGGCAUCACAACGGUCAGCCUGUAACCACUGACCCUAUGCACGGGGUUCAUCUGGAAGAGAGUGUACAUCAUGACUGCACCUUCAUCACCAGUGAGCUGAUAAUAUCAAAUGUCCAUGUCGAGGCCAGUGGCGAGUGGGAGUGUGUGGUGUCCACAGGCCGUGGGAAUGCCUCUCGUAGUGUAGAGAUAGUGGUACUGGAGAAUAGCGCCUCCUUCUGUCCAGAGCAGAGAGUAACCAACAACCGAGGGGAGUUCAGGUGGCCUCGAACUCUGUCUGGCAUCACCUCCUACCAGUACUGUCUCCAGCUACGCUACCCCUCCUUAGGUGGCCUUGUGGAGCAAAAAAGAGCAUCACGAUACUGCGACCGCUCUGGACGCUGGGAGGAGGGAGACUACUCUCAGUGCCUAUAUACUAAUGACAUCACAAGGGUCCUGCAUACGUUCAUACUGAUGCCCAUCAACGCCUCUAACGCAGUGACUCUGGCACAUCAGGUGCGAUCAUACACUCUUGAGGCCACUGGUUUCACUGACACAGUUGAUGUUCUGUAUGUGGCUCAGAUGAUGCAGAAGUUCGUGGACUAUGUAACAGAACAGCGUGAGCUGUCAGAGGUGUUGGUGGAAAUGGGCAGUAACUUGAUGCAGGCAGAUGAUCAGAUUCUGGCUCGGGCUCAGAGAGAAGAAAGAGUGUGCAGUUCAAUCGUCUACUCUCUCGAGACACUUGCUUGGCCUCAGCUGCACUCUCAUGCGCAGGAUCUUUCCAUAAUUUCUCGUAACAUGGUGAUGGAGGCUCAUCUGAUUCGUCCGGCUCAUUUCACUGGCAUAAGCUGCACAGUCUAUCAGAGGCGAGAAGGGACUGGAGGGAGUCAUGAUGGGAUAGAAUCUGCCUUUGAGCAGCAGCUACGCUUCCGCUGUACUACAGGAACACAUAACACCUCACUUAAUGCUUUUCCUCUGAAGAACGCAGUAGCCCUUGCUUCAGUGUCUCUCCCCGCGUCGCUUUUUCCUCCGAAUGCUCCUCCUGACUGCAAGCUGCAGUUUGUGGCAUUCCGCAAUGGAAGAUUCUUUCCUUUUACCGGAAAUUUUAGUGGACCUCCUGACCUUGCCCGCAGACGUGCCGUCAACACUCCAGUUAUCUAUGUUGGCCUUGAUGGAUGCAGCAUGUGGAAUCAGUCAGAUCCCAUUAUUGUGUCAUUACGACACACGUCUCCUGGAAAUGAACCUGUUGCUGCUCACUGGAGUUUGCAUGCCCUGCAGCAUUCUGGCAGUUGGAGUUUAAAUGGCUGUCAGUUGGCCCAUACCGAUGCAUCCAUCUCUACUCUGCGAUGCUCUUUGCUUAGCAACUAUGCUGUACUUCAGGAGAUGCCAGAUUUCCUGGGUUCUCCUCCAGUUCCAGUGGAAGUUCUUCACCCUGUGAUCUACACCUGCACCGCAGUGCUGCUUCUCUGUCUGUUCACCAUCAUCAUCACCUAUAUACUGCACCACAGUUCUAUCAGAAUUACAAGGAAGAGUUGGCACACCCUCUUAAACACUAGUUUCCACAUCGCAAUGACAUCCGCAGUAUUUGCUGGAGGCAUCACUUUGACCAGCUACCCAAUAGUAUGCCAGGCAGUGGGGAUUGUUCUUCACUACUCCUCUCUGUCCACUCUGUUAUGGAUCGGUGUUAGUGCCAGAGUUAUCUAUAAAGAAGCUUUAUUGAGGUCUCCACAACAGCUAGAAGGCGAUACUGCUGUACAACCAACCCAGCGCCCAAUGCUCAGGUUUUACUUGAUAGCUGGUGGUGUCCCGCUUAUUAUAUGUGGUAUUACUGCAGCAGUUAACAUCAAUAACUAUGGAGACAACAUUCCCUACUGCUGGUUGGUAUGGAAACCCAGUUUCGGUGCUUUCUACAUUCCAGCUGGAUUGAUUAUUCUGGUGACCUGGAUCUACUUCCUGUGCACUGUGUUUUGCCUGAGGCACCGAAACUUCCAGAGUCCCAAAGAUCCUCAUUGCCCCGCCUCCAGCCCCUCCCCCUUGCCGGAGAGCCAACCAGCACUCAGCGGCAGCACCAGUCUGCUCUCGACGGAUUCUGUUGUGGGCCCGGUACAUGCAGCGGUGGAAGACCAGUACUCGUUGAAGGUACAGUGUUUGGUGCUGGUGGCAACGCAGUUUGUGUUUGUGGGACUGUGGUGUUGCGGUGCUAUGGCAAUUUGGCAUGUUGACAGAGAGCAAAAGCUCUUGAGUUGCCUCUAUGGGGGAACUGCCACCGGAUUAGGGAUUUUCUUGGUGCUCCAUCAUUGUUUCAAGCGUUUGGAUGUCCAGGCAGCAUGGCUAGGCUGUUGUCCUGGAUAUCAUCAGUCUCAACCCAUGCCAGCCUAUAGCCACCCCUGUACUGCAACCGUUGGAGUUCAAAGUAGCUCAGAUAGAGGCUCGCAGCUUUUUGUAGCCUGCCAUCCGCCAACAGACCCCAACCAUUACUCUUCUUCAGCCAGGUCCUCAUCUACUCCAAGUGGAACUAGUAGCAUUGGUGCUGGAACGUGCAAACUCACCAACCUUCUCCAGGUGACACAAGACAAUGCGAACAAUGCAACCCGAGCACCAACAAGAACUAAUACAAGUACAAGCACAGAGAACAAUACCAACAACAAACCUGCCAAUAAUAUGCUGCCCAGUCUGAGCAGCACUCUGCCUGCUCAGCAGCCUCAAAGGAGGAAGGCUUGUAGUAGAACCAAGGGUGGCAAUGGCCAGUACCAUCACAGAGGCGAUGGCAGAGGGCACUAUCGCCUCAAAGCUCUCAGAGCAGGUGGAGGAGGUAGCAUGAGCGCUUUAGGACCCUCUGGGACAGAGCAAUUAAAUAUCCACCAUCUACCCAAACAUGCUUCCAGUGAGAAUGGAAGUCUACGGAAUAGCCAUUCAGAGAGCCAAAAUGGGCCUCUAACCAAUGGGCGGCACAGAGGGGAGGGACUCAUGACAAGCCCUUCAGAAGGAAGCGACGGAGGUAGCAGUGGAAGUAGGAAACCUUUUCCACUCUUGCCGUCGGUGGCCAGUAGGGUUGCCAUGCAGCAGAAUGCUCAACGGCGCAGUGCUAGCAAAGACAAUCUGAAACUGGCGGCUGUGUCUGAAAGAGAAUCCAAGCGGAGCUCAUUCCCUCUUAACAUGACAAUGAAUGUCACCGGGACAGUCACUGCGACAGCUUCAUUGUCAACAGUUUCAGCACCAAAUGGAACACUAAAUGGUUCUGUGAUAGAACUGGACACUAGCGGGACGGACCAAUCACAGGGUUCGGUUAGUAUGAAGAGCAGGGUUUGGAAAAGUGAGACAACAGUAUAAUAGUGAGCUGUGGUAUAAUUGUAAGAACUGAUGUUUAAAGUUUUUUGAAAGUGUAACAGGUGUGCUUAUCUCUCCACAAGAGUAACAUUUGGCUUGUUUUAUGAUCAACUUUGCAUAUUUAAAGGUGCACUCGAUAAUUUUUGGCUCAUUAAAAAGUUUACUCCUUGAUAAAAGAAUUGUAAUUUUGAAACUUAUGUAUAAAAUCAUGAACACUCACAUGGGAUGAAGACUGUAGUCAUAUCAGUAACCUUAUAAAAGCUGUUUUAUUCUACAAGGAGAGGGUUUCCUCAUGGAAGCGGCCAUGUUAGCAUCACAUGACCAGCUGAAUACUACUAGCUUAAUCUCAGUAACCAGCCUGUUAUUGGACACUUUCACUCAUGGAAUAAACUGAAUCAUGGCUGACUGUGAAUAGUGAAGUUCUAUAAUGGCAUCGGUAUCUGAAAACAUUUGCAUUUAAAUGUUGCUGCAUCCACACCACUAGGUGUCAGUGUAAGUCCAAGACGACACGCAUAAAAAUUACUGAGUGCACUAUUGAAGGAUAGUUCACCCAAAAAUCAAAUAAUUCACCCUCAUACUGUUACAAAUUCAUGACUGUUUUCCUCAGAACAUAACUAGAGAAGCUGAGAAUGUUUUCAUUGCAUUUUUUUUUAAAGUUUUUUUUUUUAAUGUUGUUGUAUGCAAUGAAACAUUCUGCCUAAAAUAUCAUUUUGUGUUUCACAGGAAUAAAGUCAUACAUGUUUGGAACAAUAUGAGGGUGGGUAAGUGAUAGGUCAUUUUUGGAACAGUCAAACUAACGUGGAUGCCAGAUAAUAGUCACUUGUUUGUCGGCAAUGCUUUCAGGAGCUCUAGACAUUGUGGUGUCAAAUGAAGGACAUUAUGAGGCCAAGUUACAUUUUAGAAAUAUGAAAAAAGAAAAGGGGUGUGUAUACAAAACCUGACGCCUCUAAAAAUAGAUUGGCGGAGGAGUUGGUGUAAUAAAAUAUGCAAAAUAGUUUUUGUGCUUUUGUUUGUCUGUAAUACCACUUAAUCUAACAAAUUUGUUCGAAAGCUAUGAACAAAAAUCUUUUGAUUUUGAAUAUGCCAAGUGAUAUGUGAGCAUUAAGUUUCAUUUCUGACUAUGCAUAUCGAUCAAGAUGGAUUUCAAGUCCAUGUGGAGACAGCUAUGUUUGUUUCCCAAGAUGAGUAUCUUGUUUCAUUUAUAUGUCUGUAAGAAUGUACAUUAUAUGUUAUGUAUGUAUUGUUUGACAUUACAGUGUUAAUUGAACUUCAUUAACUCUAGCACUAAUAAGCAUGCAUCCUAUGGUCAGUCCAACAUGAAUAUGGAAAGCUAUGACUUCCAUUCCAGAAAUUCCAUCCAAUGUUUAUUGGUAGUAAGGAUUUUGUUCUUUUCUGCUGACGCUGUUGAGCAGAAAGCAAACGCUUGGGAAAAAUGUUGAAUCAUAGUGUCCUCUACUGGGUAAUUUCUGCCAUUGAUCAAAUGCACUGAAAAUAAAUGCCGUUGUUGGACAAAUGAUAUCAUCAAAGAGACAACUGCUGCAGUGGUCACUCUGUAGUGACUGAGGGAUUGGAUGAUUGUUUGUCCCUACUUGUUCUGUUGUAGUACCAUGUAUAACAUGGACAUUUUAGCACUUCGUUCAGGCCUGUUUUUCUCAUGUCGCAACCUGAUGGCUUAUGUGAGCUUUUUACGUAUUCUUAUGAAUAAUAAUGUAUUUAUAUUAUACAUAUCAGUAUUAAUAUUUUGGUGGAACUGUUAUUAGCCUAUGCAAUUUUAUGAUAAUCAGUAUUUUACAGCGGAUUGGUGGCCUCAUCAUUUUUAUAACAUAUUUUGUAAAUUACCAAGCUUCAUUCAGCCCAAUAAAUGCAUUGCUAUUACUAAGAAUUUGCGAUCUACCAAUAAUUGUUAUUACUCCCUUCAAAUCAUGUCCAAAAGUUUGUUAUCCAAUAGCAAGUAAUUUGCAGUUUGCUAUUCCUUGAUCUUUUGUUCCUCAAGAGUAUCAAAUAACAUUGUCUCAUGCAAAUCAAGAAUGAACAAUCCCAGGAAUUGUGUGGUCAGUGUAAGAUCUUCCAAGGUUCAUCCAAGGCCCAUAAGUUACAAUUUUUUAGUGCUGUUAUUUUUAGACCUUUGUCACAUUGUGACAAAAUCAGAAGCGAAAUGCAUUGCCUGUCUUUAGCUUAAACUUUAAUCAAAAUGAAAAGAAUACCUUUAAAGAGUGUUUUCAGGGAUGUUUGCAUGCCAAAGAUGCUUAUGGUUUAAACACCUUUUAGCAUUACAGUGAUGAGCUUAUUUACAAUUUUGUCAAAUGUUACAAACAUAUUUGCCUUUUACCCCUACAAGCCAGAAAUCUCCCUCAAAUUGGGUAAAUACUCACUAUUAUCAAAGAACCAGUCCUCCUCUUGAAAUUCAAAUGAAUGAAGCAUUUAAUAUCAUGAUGUCCAGCGUCAUUAACCAUUCUUAUCAGUUUAGCCAUGAAGAUUGAUAUAGUUAUCAACAUAAUGUCAUUACAGAUGUCCAUGUGCUAUUUUAUUUUGGAUGUAUAUGAUGUCAGUAGUUUUUGGUUUGAGGUGUCAUCUGAAACUAUGACAGCAACAAAAAAUCUGCAGUCAAAUACAUGAAGGUUGUGGCCUGCACAAAGUGUGCCACAUGUAUAUAAUAUUUUUUCUUAGAAAGAAUGUACAUUUUGUGCAUUAUGGUUUCAUGUGACAUUGUGAUAUUUGCAUGAGCAAUUUUCUUUGCCUCUUGGUAGGCCUAACUUCUGAUGGUCAGUAUAAAUUCAAUGUUAUCUUAACUAUUGUUUUAAUUGUCAUCUCGAAGUUAAAAAAGGGAGAUUUCAGUAAUAUCUUAAAUAUUUAUAUUUUUGUCACUCACGUCAAUUUAAAAAUGUUAGCAGCCUUUUUGUACCAAUUUCAGUAAUAUAUUUGUCAUAGAUGUUAAGAUUGUGCCUUAUCAAUGAUCUGAUGCAAAAUAAAGGUUUGGAAAAAAUUGCAUUAAUUCUAAAUUAUUUUGUUUGUUUUAGAAAUUUACUUGAAUGUAUCGUGUGUGACAUAAAUAAGAAAAGCUGAGAGCGAUACACACCGUUUUGCAUUUGGCAAUUACGUAACUUCUGUCUCAAUGUAAUAUGUAAAUUGACAUAUUCCAAAGCAAAUAAAGCCUAUCA